GUUCCGGACAAAUUCAGCUAUGGCAGUUCCUCCUUGAACUGUUAAGUGAUUCGAGCAACGCGGGAUGCAUCACCUGGGAGGGCACCAACGGCGAGUUCAAGCUCACCGACCCCGACGAAGUGGCCAGGAGGUGGGGCGAGCGGAAGUCCAAGCCCAACAUGAACUACGACAAACUCAGUCGCGCUUUAAGAUACUACUACGACAAGAAUAUAAUGACGAAGGUUCACGGAAAGAGAUACGCGUACAAGUUUGAUUUCCAAGGGCUGGCGGCGGCCACGCAACCGACCGCCAGCGACCCGGCCUACAAGUACCAGAGCGACUUGUUCAUGAGCUCAUAUCACCACUCGGCUAAACUGUCUUCGUUCAUGGCUCCACAUGCGGCGAUGCCCACAUCCACAGCGUCAAUAUUUCCUUCAGCGUCGUGGAGCAACUGGGGUGGAGGGGGGAGCAACCUCUACUCCCCCCACUCGAUGGCGCCUCCCCACGUGACGUCACAUUUGGGCUCUUAUCCACAUUACGCAUGA